AUGGCAGGAUGCAUUAAGAUGGCGAACUAAACCAUUCUGUUAGCAUCUGUAGCUGGGUAACCCAGGGGCCUUGUGGAAAGGAGGAUCCAGGAAUGUGCAUCAGGCCAGGUUUUUGCUAGUGUGGUGGCUCAAUGUCGGGCAUGCUCACAUUCAGGCUAGUUUUUUUUCUCAUGGGAAGGAGUGGAAACUCAAAAGUUGGAAAUGGAUGUUACAGCAGUGCCAGAAGUUGUUUAAGAUGUUUAAGAAAUUAUUAAGUGAUGGAAUGCCAGUUCUUCUCCUUGCGCUUCGCCUGGCCAGGUUUGCAUCUAUCAAGGCAGGCUCCGACAACCAUUUAUCCCAGCUACUUGGAGGUCUUCACUUUGAUCGACGAGUGUCCUCUCCAGGAACAUACCCAAAGUGCUUUCCGGACCUUCGAUCUGUGGGACGAAAACCCUGAAGGAAAAACACACCAGACUAUCAAUCUCGAGUGUACGUGGGCUUCUCUCUCUACAAAUAAUCAUAGGGGCAUGAAAUUUGCUGGGUCCUAACUCUUGCCAGUGUUUUGUCUUCACCUCCCUGUUGAGACCGUAGCUCUAUGAACUCGGCCAUAUUUUGUUCCUCGGCAUAAAUAAUUAUGAGAAGUUACUUUUUUUGCCAAUCAGGAACAUUUCUCAGCUUGCUAUCAGUUGAGUUUCCAUCUUGGUUUCCAGGUGACCAGAAAAUUGAUUUUUUGAAUUUUCUGGGAGCUAGCCCUGUUGGCAUACGGUAUGGUGGCCCAGUGUCUCUAACUCUCGGUUAGCGAGUGCAAAUCCUUAGACUGACAAGCAAGGAGUGUUAAUGCAGGCGAUUAGUGGUUGUGAGCUGCAGGAACUUCUUUAUAAAUAAUUUAACAUACAUAAGAUUUAUGUCAGAAAUCUUGAACUUAUCAAUGUCAAAAACGCCAAAAAGCCAAGAAUCCUCUUUAGCCCUCAAUGAAUUCUCUCUAAAAAAGCCCUCACAUCGCAUCAAUUGAAGCAUGCCUCAGAAUGACUUAACUGAUAUUAUACGUUCGUCUCUUCAGAACUAUCCAAAGCUUGAAAAAAGCAUAGAAAAUCUAGAAAAGCACCCAAUUAAUUGCAAAUGUUCUGUCAUGACAAAGCUCAAUCACAAGCUUGAAAAAAUCCAUGGGUUUUCCCCUUAUCCUUGUGCCUCUGAAUUUUGCAUUAAUCGAAUUUUAGGUGAUAAUAAACAUAGUAGCGUUUUAGGCUAUUUUGGAAAAAUUGAUCCAAAUAGAAAACGACUAAGCGAGCCUGGGCCACCAAAGAGAAGAAAAGCAAAUUUGAACGGGAAAUUGAUAAUUAAUGAUCCUAAUUUAAAUGAUAUGAAUCGCGCUAUUGAUUAUUAUCAAAAAAUGAAAAAAAAUUCGGAUUUUCCUGAAAAAUCUUUUGCGUUUGAAAGCUAUUUAAAUCCUCCAGAUUUUACAGCCAAAAUCCCUGAUAAAAUAUUUUACAGCCCUAAUUUUUCAUUCCCAAAGCCUAAGAAGCAGAAAAGAAUGUGUAUUUAA